GAUCCGGAGACAUGCAGCCAAGGCUUAGUAAGGAGCGUGUGUCGGAUCAUCUCCUCAUAAAUGACGCAUUCGAAGAAGUUCCCGAGGGCGGGGGACGGAGUUCCAUCGGACCUCACUCCGGACGUCUUAUGUCGCCCUGUUUGGCAAUUCAACUUCGUGGUUCAAACACACAAAGACAGGUGGGCUUGAGAACAAAGACUACACACACAUACGCACACCCCGGAGUCAUUUAGCGCAAUGCCGUUGACAGAAGACCUCCUCGCGUCGGACCCCGCGUCCUACGCCCGCGCAACCCAGUCCCGCUUCCUCAACGCCGCCGCAAAGGGAACUGUCCCCAAGGAUGUCCUCGGCCGCUGGCUCGCCAACGACCGGCUGUACAUCCACGCCUACAUCAAAGGUGUCGGCCGCCUCCUCGAUGCGCUGGACUUGCCCGACAUUGCCUCCACCACCACCGUCGCGGCGGUGUCGUCGGUGCCAGAGAGACUCCUCCAGUGGCUCAUCGACGCCCUUGUCAACGUCCGCCGAGAAGAGACGUUCUUUGUCGACACGGCGGCGCGCUUCGGCAUUGAAGUGAACCUGCCGGUGUCAGAACGCGGCGUUGUCGCCCCGGACGAAAAGCUCGACGGCCUGAGGCGCUUUGAGAAAUUGUUUGGGGGGCUAAGCAAGGGAUCGGAGCCGCUCGGGUGGUUGGAAGGUGCUGUGUUGCUGUACGCUACGGAAAAAUGCUACCUCGACGCCUGGUCUCACGCCAGAGGCGCGUUGGAUACGUCUGCGGAUGGCAGUCGGGACGCGGACGGCGGCGCGUUGAGGAAGGAGUUCAUUCCCAACUGGAGUAGCGAAGAGUUCAAGGCUUUUGUGGAUGAGCUCGGGGCCAUCAUCGACCAAGGAUUCGAGGAAGCAGUCAAGAAGGGAGAGGAGGGGGUUGAGGGCAGCCUGCGGGAACGCGCGCUGUGGGUCUGGGGAGAAGUCGUGCUUGCUGAGGAGGCAUUCUGGCCAGCUUUGGACUGAAACACGUGUGAAGUAAAUGAAAGAACGGGAAGAGGUACAGGUUAAACACAGUGCCGUGUCAGUCACUGCAGUCAACAAUCUCGUUACAAUAUCCGUAUACAACUAAUGAUUAAGCGAUGCCAUUACCGAAGUCAGUGGCCAAGAUUACGGAGACCCCAAAAGCCUCCUUCGUACCAACAUUAUUCGCGCAGCGAGCGCAUGGUAUCACCGCGGACCCAACGCCGUCGCUAUGCCGUAAAACACCAAAGCACCGCCGU